UUUGUUUUAAUAUUUGUUCCUUCUUGAAUAUGUCAAAUUUUUUCCCAUACACACGUAUAGAUCGUUCCUUAUUUUAUUUAUUUUUUUCUCUUGAUUACGAUAUAAAAUUUAUUCUUCCUUCUUUUUUCUUUGUCACAAAAUGUUCACUUUUUCUCUCUUUCUUUUUUUUUUGUUUCUUUUUCUUUUUCUUCUUCGUUUAAUAUGAAAUUACGUCGACACGCUUGUACGAGUACAACCAAGUAUCGUAAUAAAUAUAUACCUACAUAUACGGCGAAGUUCGAAUUACGGUGACAUCUCGAACGCGACGAGAAGUAGUAACUUUUCUUCGUCAGUGUUUCACGAGACGGAGAAUUCUAGAUCGCCAUGUUCGACCGUCCGUGAAAAUUUCACUUGAAAUUACGGGCACAGCCUCCACCUCCUUUCCUCUUCUCCUCCUCUUCUCUUCCUCCUUCUCUGUGUCUUUAUUAUACGAUGUGUUCGAAUAAUCGACGUUGAGAAUAAAAAAUAUAUAUAUAUAUAUAUAUAUCCGCGAAACAGCUAAUCCGUUAGGGUACGAGUGAGUGAACACGAGAGAAAUCGAUAUAUCCGUACGGAAGGGGAAGGAAAGAGGAUUGGUUCCAUCUUUUUCCUUACUUGAGUUUAGAAUUUAAUCUCUAAUGCACUUUCAGAACCGGUCUUCUGUUGUACAUUAGAACUCUCUUGCGUCCUAUUUCGAUAAAUUCUCUUUUGAUUUGUCUAUUUGUUUAUCUUUCUUUCUUUUCUUUUUAUUAUUUAGUCUUUCUCUUUUCUUUCGAUUUGUUUCCUUUUUAGAACAAUGCGAAAUAAAAAUUUCACUUGUACUUAAAGUUAGACGACGUUGUUGUUGUUGUCGUUGUGUUGUUGUUGUUGUUGUUGUUAUAUACCGUAUUAAUAUACAAUUAAGAAUAUACUUGUACAAUCGUGAGAAAUAACAAGUAUUAUAUUCGAAGAACGAAACUUUCUUCUUAAAAGAAUAACUAUUAAAUCACGACUUUCUACCUCGAUUUGAUCGAGUUCAACAAUAUAUUGGAUUAAGUGAAUUUCCUAAUAAAUAAUAAUGAUAGUAAUAAUAAUAAUAAAUAAAUAAAUAAAUAAAUAAAUAAAUAAAUAAAAGAGAGCUACGUGAAAUGUCUCGUAAUUAUAACAAAAUGUAGGAAAAAUGAAAAUGCAUUUGUAUGGAAAUUGUAUCACUUAUCUAUGUAAGACUUAAAGAGAGAGAGAGAGAGAGAGAGAGAAAGAAAGAAAGAAAGAUAAUUAAUUAUUAACGAGCGUUCCUCAGCUCGUCCAGAUUAAUUAAUUAGUAAUGCCUGCUUCAAAAUGGCGAGCUCUAAUUAAAACGUGACUAAUCCUAGAUUAUUUCCACGUUAAUAAUAUAAUCCACGUGAUCUGUCUUUUAUGAUCGAGCGAACAAAUCUGCCAAGUGAAAAUCCACCUGCGAGAAAAACGACAACAAUAAACAGACGAAUGAAUACGCACAACGAGGUUCUCGCAAUUGCAACUACAUAUUAUCAUUAUGUUGAGUAAGAAGCCGAGCAAGAAUGGAUAAGAAAAGGAAAAAAAAAAGAGAAAAAGAAAAGAAAAGAAAAAAGAAAAAGUGAAAACCCGGAUAAAAUCGUUCGAUUCGCGAUAUUUUAAUUGAAAGGCUUCGUCUCUCAGGAAAUUUCUCAUUUUCUUUUUUUUUCUUUUUCCUUGUUUAAAUCAUAACGAAUCUAUUCGUAUCUUUCUUUUCCGGUUGUCAUAAAAAAGAAAAACGAAUCAAUAAACUUUGGUUUAUCAUCAUCAAAAAAUCAAGCAACAAGGAAUACAUAAUUUUUUACAAUUAUUUGGAAAGAAAAGGAAGUACAACUUUAAAGCUUAUAAAAUUAUAAAUAAAAUACAGCAUAUUAAAAUAGAUAAAUAAUAAAAAAAAGAGAUUAUAUGUGUCAAAAAACGCAAAAAAAUGGGCCUCUCGAGUGGAGCACAGAUAUUUUUUUCCUGAGCGGCUGCUUUGAAAGUCCAAUUAAGCUAUCCAGAAAAACCUUUAUGAAGAAAGAUCAACAACCUUUCUUACGAAUAUUUCCAAAUCUUAAUUUAUUCCUAGGAGAGAAAUUGGAAUUGAAAGAGAAGGGGAGGCUUCUUUUCUUAAACCACACACGCCAAACAAAUUCUUGCAAGCGACACAAUUUAAAGCUUCAUUACCAUAUUUGUAAAUUUUGAUAUACACAUAUAUAUAUAUAUAUUAUAUACAUGUAUAUAUAUAUUAUAUACAUAUAUAAUAAUAUAUAUAUUAUUAUGUACAUAUAUAUUGUAAUCUAAUUUAUUAACCUUAAAUCUAAUUUUGGUAGUUUAAUUUAUACAGCUCAUCAUAUUUAAUAUAACUUUUGUUUUUCUCCUUAAAUUCUAACGUUAAAUUAUAUUUUAUAAUCCCCUUUCCCAUUAGAGAACAAUAAACCUUUCCCUUAUGAUCCAAAAUCUUCAAUUUCAUUAGUUAAUAGAAUUAAUAAUAUAAUAUUUAGAGAGAAAUUUGUACACUUUAAUUUCUUUUUUUCUUAAAAAGCUAUUCCUUAAAAAUUAUAACGUAUACCAAAUUACCCUGUAUAAGUUUUUAUUUACAUUAUAAUAAUAAGUGUAUUGUUUGUUUCGCUUGACAAGGGGGAACACAACAGCGAUAUCAUUUCUGGACGUGUAAGGGAUAUAAUAAAAAGCCUUUAAUAUUUACUAAAUAUAACCAAUUGAUGAUCAAAAUUUAAUUUCUUUAGAAAAAACCUUAUGGAAAAACACAACCACCGUCAAUACCCAAUCUAUAUUUUUGUAAAUGAAAAGGCUUUGAUAAAAUUCACCCUCCUUCAAUAGGACAACAAACACCAUCCCCUUCCUCUCUUCCUCCCCUCCUCUCCUUUCUCCCCUUCUUUUCUUUGUUACGUAUGCACGGUUGGUAUACACAAUUAAUAUCUGAUCUGGACCGGGAUUCGAACCCGGGAUCUUCCGCUUUCCAGGCUGUGCUUUAAACCACUGAGCUAUCGUAGCCCCCGACAUCUAACAUACUCGCAUGUGUACUUAUAUAUGUACUACAAAUAUAUAUAUAUAUAUAUGUACUACAAAUAUAUAUAUAUAUAUAUAUAUAAUUAGGUCAAAGGAAAUUUCCCUUUUACAGAACGACAUUUUAUUUUUAUUAAAAUUAGAAACGUAUACUUUUUCGUUUAAAUUAAAAUCUUAUUUAAUUAGAUUAAAAAAAUUAAUAAAGAAAGAAAAAGAAAAUUAAACAAUAAAUAAGAUCUAUUUUUUAAUUGUUUUGAAAAUUAUUUGAAAAAAAAAGAACUAAAGUAAAUAAAUGAACAGAGAGAUAGAAACGAAGAGGCAUGUGAAUUUUUUCUGAGAUCGCACGGCAAUUGAUUGUAAAAUAACCGCAAAGAACUUUCGCCGUUUGUUUUGAAUUCUCUCUCUCUCUCUCUCUCUCUCUCUCACUCUCUCUCUUUCUAUCUGUCUAUCGUCCUGUCUAAUCGAUGCCACGAAUUCAUAUUUCAAGUAGAUUUCUUUUCUUUCAUGUUUAUUCUCUUCUUUUCUCUCUCUCUCUCUCUCUCUCUCUCUCUCUAUCUAUCUAUUUAUCUCUCUCUCUAUCUAUCUAUCUAUCUAUCUUUCUAUCUAUUUAUCUAUCUAUCUAUCUACCUAUCUCUCUUUCUCUUUCGAAUCAGCCUCCAGCGCCAAAGUCGUGCCUAACCUCAGGCUAGAAACGUCUCGAGCAACAGGACGAUUAGGAGGCUAUUGCUUGCCUGCUUGGCGGUAUUCCUCCUGUGUCUUUCAAAUCAGGCAGAAGGUGCAAGGAAAAGAUUACGAAGGCCCACUACAUUAACACCAUCGAUCUCGAACGAUCAGGAAGUAUCGGCUAGUGUUAACAGGUUCAAGGUCACGCGUAAUCGCGUUAACAAUAAGAGCACAAAGAAUGAAAUCCAACCUGGGAAGACGAAUGAUUACAAGGUCGUGUGUUACUACACAAAUUGGUCACAGUAUCGUACGAAAAUUGGUAAAUUCAUGCCGGAGGAUAUACAGCCAGAUCUUUGCACUCACGUGGUUUUUGCAUUUGGAUGGUUGAAGAAAAAUAAAUUGACAAGUUUCGAGUCGAACGAUGAAACCAAGGACGGUAAAAUUGGUCUUUACGAGAGAAUAGUGAACCUGAAGAAAGCUAAUCCGUCUCUGAAGAUUCUACUUGCUGUCGGUGGAUGGUCUUUUGGCACGCAAAAGUUCAAGGACGUAUCAUCGACGAGAUACGCUAGACAAACAUUCAUAUACAGCGCUAUACCAUAUUUGAGAGAUCGAAAUUUCGACGGGCUCGAUAUUGAUUGGGAAUAUCCGAAAGGAGGAGACGACAAAAAGAAUUACGUUCUAUUAUUGAAGGAACUUCGCGAAGCCUUCGAAGCUGAGGCACAAGAAAAAAAGAAACCGCGUCUUCUAUUAACAGCUGCCGUACCCGUUGGACCUGAUAAUGUUAAAGGUGGUUAUGAUGUGCCGGCUGUUGCCAGUUACUUAGACUUCAUCAAUCUCAUGGCGUACGACUUUCACGGUAAAUGGGAAAGAGAAACCGGACACAACGCUCCGCUCUUCGCAUCAUCCUUGGAUUCGGAAUGGCAAAAACAAUUGAGCGUUGACAAUGCGGCAUCGAUGUGGGUAAGAUUGGGUGCACCAAAGGAAAAGUUGAUUAUCGGUAUGCCUACAUACGGUAGAUCGUUCACUCUGUCAAACCCAUCGAACUUCCGUGUACACGCACCGGCCAGCGGUGGUGGUAAAGCUGGAGAAUAUACCAAGGAAUCCGGUUUCUUGGCUUAUUACGAGAUUUGUGAGAUGUUGCAAAACGGAGCAGCUUAUAUAUGGGACGACGAGAUGAAGGUACCAUAUUUGGUGUACGGUGAUCAAUGGGUAGGCUUCGACGAUGAAAGAUCUAUAAGGAACAAAAUGCAUUGGCUGAAAUCUACUGGUUAUGGUGGUGCCAUGAUAUGGACGGUCGACAUGGACGAUUUCAAUGGUACUGCUUGCGUCGGAAACGUCAAGUAUCCAUUGAUCGGCGCAAUAAGAGAAGAACUAAGAGGUAUCUCACGAGGACCGGAUGCCAAGGACGUCGAUUGGAGUUCAGUUGCUACCACCAUCACGGAAACUAUUGUUAAGAAACCAGAACCUUACAAAAUUUCUAUCUCCGACGCAUUGAGCAAGGCUAAGAAAGUACCAAAAUUAACUCAAUUGGUUAUUAAUACGCCAACGAACGAAAGAGAAGCGCAGACCAUUUGUUAUCUGACUAAUUGGUCUCAUAAAAGACCAGGCCUUGGUAAAUUUUUGCCCGAGGACAUCGACCCAACACUUUGCACUCACGUCGUCUAUGCUUUCGCGACCUUGAACGAUCAUCUGCUCAGCGAAGGAAGCGAUCAAGAUGUUGAAAUGUAUAAAAGAUUGAUUGCACUUCGUGAGAAGAACCCAGACAUAAAGAUAUUGUUAGCUAUUGGAGGCUGGGCCUUUGGAUCGACACCCUUCAAAACAUUGACUAGCAAUACUUUCCGAAUGAAUCAAUUUGUUUAUGAAGCCAUAGAGUUCCUCAGAGAAUACAAAUUCGACGGAUUGGACGUUGAUUGGGAAUAUCCACGAGGAGCCGACGAUCGUGCUGCUUAUGUGAAUCUUUUGAAAGAACUCAGGCUAGCUUUCGAGGGCGAAGCAAAGAGCUCUGAUCAGCCUAAAUUAAUUUUAUCUGCGGCUGUACCGGCCAGUUUCGAGGCUAUAGCUGCUGGAUACGACGUCCCGGAAAUAUCCAAGUACCUCGACUUCAUCAAUGUGAUGACGUACGAUUUUCAUGGUCAAUGGGAACGUCAAGUUGGACAUAACAGUCCUCUUUAUCCUCUUGAGAGUGCAACGAGUUAUCAAAAGAAAUUGACAGUCGACUACAGUGCACGAGAAUGGGUGAAACAAGGUGCACCAAAAGAAAAAUUAAUGAUAGGUAUGCCAACUUAUGGCAGAUCGUUUACGUUAGUUGACGAAGACAAAUUCGACAUUGGAGCGCCUGCCUCUGGUGGUGGUAUUCCUGGUAAUUACACGAACGAAGCCGGAUUCUUAUCCUAUUACGAGGUAUGUGGAUUUUUGAACGAAGAGAACACGACUUUGGUAUGGGAUAGCGAACAACAAGUACCUUUUGCUUACAAAGGUGAUCAGUGGGUUGGUUUCGAUGACGAAAGGAGUCUUAUAAACAAAAUGAACUGGUUGAAAGAGGAAGGUUUCGGUGGUGUCAUGAUCUGGUCAAUCGAUAUGGACGAUUUCCGUGGAUCAUGCGGUGCCGGAAAAUAUCCACUGAUCAAAGCAAUGAAGAAGGAAUUGCAGGAUUACAAAAUCAAAUUGGAAUACGAUGGUCCAUACGAGAGUUCCGUUAGAAAUGGCAAAUACACUACGAAAGAUCCGAACGAAGUGACCUGUGACGAAGAGGACAAUCACAUAUCCUAUCACCCAGACAAAAGCGAUUGCACGAUGUAUUACAUGUGCGAAGGUGAACGCAAACAUCAUAUGCCCUGUCCAGUUAAUCUCGUUUUCAAUCCCAACGAGAAUGUCUGCGAUUGGCCGGAAAACGUUGAGGGAUGUUUGCAACACACGCAAGCGCCGCCUUUGCGAAAAUAAUUAAAUGAAUAAGAGAGAGAGAAAAGGAAGGAAAAUUAUUUUUGCAUAAAACAAGAAAAAGAAAAAAGAAAAACUGCGGCAUUUUACGUGUGCGAUAAAAACGGAAAAAGAUGGAUAACAAGGAUGAUAAGGUCUUUAUCAUCGAGUUUUAUCAGCCCUGUUUUCAAUUCAGUAGAUAGAUAGAUAAAAAAGAAAAAAGAAGAGACAGAGAGAGAGAGAGAGAGAGAGAAAGAGAAAGAGAGAAAGAGAGAGAGAGGAUGAAAUUAUGAAAAGAGAAAGAAGAUACGCUACCUUCGCAUAAAAAAAAUUAUAGUGGAUAUUUGCCCCUCCUCCAUUCCCCUCCCCCUUUCCACACCGCCCCCUCACACCUGCUCUAUUUCGAUUUUCGAUUAUUACGUUUGUUUUUUUUUUUUUUUAUUUCGUCGUUCUUUUUGACACGCGAUAUAUUUCUAUUCCCUUCCAAGAGAACCUCCCUUUUUACUUGUCAUUUGUAUAAAGCAUGGACGAAAUCACGAGGUAUAGUUGUUUGUAAAUAAAGAGAAAUAUAACAGACAUCUAA